UGACGCAGGCGAAUAUCGGGGUACUGGAAAUGCCUUUGAACGCCGUUGGCUGGAGUACAGACGAGGACGAAAAAUUAGCACAAUUAGUGCAGCCGCACACCUUUUUAUAUAACAUCUUUGAUCCAUCCCGGAAGAACAUUCUUGCGAGGGAAUCAACAUGGCAUGAAAUAUCAGCAGCUUUGGCGAAACCAGUUGAAGAAUGCAAAAAGCGCUGGCGAGGCCUCCGCGAUGGCUACAUGAGGAGCAAACGUAUGGGAGCCAUUCAUAAAACAAAAGUUGGUGUUUUUGAGAAACUACAGUUCCUUGAUGGGACCCUAUUGGACCCAUUGGAAGGCACAGAGGAGGUUAUGAAAGAGAACACGAUGGAUGAACAGACUGGUAAUGAUGAGACUAUUAUGGGAACUGAACAGGUUAUCACUGAUAAUCAGGAGUAUUAUGAGAUAACGGUAGUAGACAACCCACAGGAGCAAGCAACAAAACAAUUUAUAAUAAUGCCAACGAAAGUGCAAAAGGAACAGGAACCCCCAAAGAAAAUAAAAAAGAACUGUGGGAGGAAGAAAUCUAUGCCCAUGCCUAGAAACUUGACACCAGUGAAAAUUCUACCAAAACCUUUGAUUGUAAACGGACCUAAGAUAGUAGGUUAUGUUGAAGACCCCAAAACAUCUGAACAAAGGUCUCAAGUGAUUGACAAACUCAUAGAAAAAGUUCUGAAGGAGAAUACAAAUGAAAUUGACGUGUUCUUCCGUAGCAUGGCAGCAAGUGUCAAAAAAUUGCAACCUAAUUUGAUUCCUAAAGUGAAGAUGGAGGUGUGUAAUGUUAUUGCUAAAUAUGAGAUGCAGAGCUUUGAUAAAAAUGGCAUGUAAUUUGUUAUUAAAUGGUGUUAAAAACUUUGAUAUUGUUCUAUAAGAUCUUCCCAAAAUAUUAUAAGAUUCUGUAUAAGAUCGUUUUUGUAAGGGUUGCACCCCACUAGUCAGCGUGCUGUAGCACACUCAGCGUUAAACGUGUGAACGAUACCCCAUAUAAAAUAUGUUUAGUUUGGUCGUCGCAUAGUUCGACUCCAUAGAAGAAGUUAAUAAAUGUUCCUUAAACAUAAAAAAACUAAGUGAGUCUAGUAUUAAAUGUCAGAAACAAAUAAUUAAAAAAAUUCAAAUGGAGUUACGGUUAAGGAGUAAUUAAAUAAAAACUCAUUGUAGUAAUGCUAUCAAAAAUAUAUGAAAUAAUGAAAAAUGCAACAUAAGUGUUAUUAACACAAUUAUUAAAAUAUCACGGCACUGUGCUGAUGCGUACUGACCAGUGAAGUCCUACCCUAAAUGGUUAAGUUAGAGAAAACUUAAUUACAAAGUUUUAGUGCAUUUUGUACGAUUUUCAACUUUACUACCUAACCAAAUAAUACCUAUAAAAUUUUGGUAACAAGACUGAACGCACUGUACAAUUUUAUUUCGUUCCAUCGUGCCAACAAUAAGAGGAGAUUCUUUAACCCUACAAAAACUAAUUGUGUAAUGUACUCUGAUUUUUAUUCACUGAAAUCUGAAAAAAAAUUCAUUUACUCUGUACCAUACUUCUAUUUUUUUUUAUCGAUAUUUAAGACAACUCCAAUAAAAAUCUUCGACUAUAAAACACAUGUCAAGAAUAAUGGCCCAUGUUAAAACCAUAGAUUUAGUCUAUAGGUAUAUACUAAAUCUAUCGUUAAAACAGUUAAUUUGUUUACUAAUUACACAGCUGUAAAUGUGUUGGACAUUAUUCUGCAUGACACCAAGCUUGCCAUUGGUUCGAAUAAUCACAUGACAACAUUGGUAAGAUUCGUCGGGUUACACUUAUAAUUUCAACUACAGGACUUCGUAUCCAGGUUAAGCAAUAAAUUAAAAAAUAUAUGUAUACGUCGCCUUUUUUUCUUUUUUAUGAUAGGCCGCUGUUGUAGAAAGCCAUAUAUGUAACGUUUUCUUAUAUUUUAUAAGUACCAGAUCUGGCUGGAAAAUAGUUGUGAUAAUAAAAUUAUGUUGUGUGAAUUUAUGGAUGUAAUAUGACGCUAGUAAUUUGUUGAGAAAUGUAGUAUCAAGUCCUAAAAAAAGAUUUUAAGAAAGCAAUAAUAAUUAUUUUGAGUCAUGUUCAAUAAAAAUGAAGUAAAUAUG